AUGCGCCAGGAGUUGGGGGGAGGGGAGAGGAUGGGUGAAGAAGACAGCGAGGGACGAGGGAGGGUGUCGGUGGAGGCGGCGGUCAGUGCAGGGAGGCCAAGCCGGCACCAGCCCCUCACUGGGCUGGGCGUCUGCUCUGUGGCCAGACCAAGAGACGGGGCCCGAGCCCCACUGGCUCUUGGGAGGCCGAAUCACCAGGGACCCAUCCAGGAAGCUGCCCAGCUGCUGCCCAGGCACACAGGCCUGGCUUCCCCGGAAAUCUCGGGCCCUGGCCACCUACAGCCGGGUCAACUGGGCUCAUGUUCAGCUGGGGCCCAAGCCCAGCAGAGCUCGGGAGCCCCUCGGCCCAGGUGGCCUCAGGGAAGGGUGGGGGCGCGGAGUCUGGACACCCUGUGGCCCCAUCUCAUCCAGACGUCACCAGGAAGCCGCCUUCAUCGUCGACGCCGCUGUUUCCCGCGGACCCGGGACCGAAUGCUUUGCUAA